ACAAAACUCAAAAUUCAACGUGGACUAUUUUUGUGGGACGGAAGGAGUACGUCGUUUUAAAAACAAAAUGUGUUCCUGUAACAACUCGAAUUUGUCAUCGAGAUCGUACCUAUAAACUGCUCACCAGACUUCUUUUUUUUUUUUUUGGUCCUGAAAUUCUUUUAGUUAAGCUUAUUCUUUGGAGACUAACUCAUUUGAAACACAGGUGAGACUUUUUCUUUGCACUUUCCUUCUUUUUUUGUCUGGGAGGGGGUUAACUUUAAUCACAAGUAUUGAUCCAUGUUUGAUGGCUUUUCAUUAGUUUUUAGUUUUUACCUGUUUCUGGUUUACUUGUUUAGAAAUCUAGUUUCUUGCUGUAUUGGGGCGGCGAGAUGGGAGCAAAAAGUGUGGUUUUGACUUCAUUUUUUCAUGUUGUUUUGGUGGAUCCUAGUACUGUUUCAUUUGUUUGAAAACAAGUUCAGACAUAAAGAUGGCUUUGAUCUUGAGGAAAUGUUGGUCAUGUUGACUUUUGCAGAGUUUCUGUAAAAGGGUUCGUUUUGUAAGGCUAAGUUAGUAUUCGCUUUUCGCAGGUGCACAUCAUAUACAAUCCCAUUUGAGCUAUUAAUAACAGUUGAACUACAGAUAUUCAGAUUUUUGUCAACAAAGAUAUGAAUUCCCUGGCGGGCUGCUUCUGCUUGAAGAGAAAUAGAAAUCCUCCUGGAUUUGAAGACAGCAUGUUACUGGCUUCUGAGACAACUUUUACUGUCAAUGAAGUAGAGGCCCUUUUUUGUCUGUAUGAGGAACUAAGCAGCUCCAUAAUUGAUGAUGGCCUUAUUCAUAAGGAGGAGUUUCAGCUUGCUCUCCUUAAUAGCAGCAAUAAAAAGAAUCUCUUUACCGACAGGUUGUUUGAUUUGUUUGAUCUUAAACGCAACGGGGUCAUUGAAUUUGGUGAAUUUGUUCGAUGUUUAAGCAUCUUUCACCCAAGGACACCGGCAGCAGACAAAAUUUCAUUUGCUUUUAGAUUGUAUGACUUGAGACGAACUGGGUAUAUUGAACGCGAUGAGUUGAAAGAAAUGGUAGUGGCUUUUCUACAAGAAUCAGAUUUGUCACUUCCAGAUGAUGUUGUUGAAGCAAUUGUAAAUAAGACAAUAAUGGAGGCAGACUUGAAAGGCGAUGGUAGAAUUGAUCAAGAAGAAUGGAAGCAACUGGUUGGGAGAUAUCCUUCUCUGAUAAAGAACAUGACUCUUCCAUACUUACAGGAAAUAACUGUAGCGUUUCCAAACUUUCUGAUGAGGACACAGGUUCACGAUUCGGAGUUAGUUUCUUGACAGAACAACCAAGCUCCACCAAACAUUUUCCUAUACAUAUUUAGCUUGUUAACUGAAGGAAAGUCAUUUGGUAUAGGCAGGCAUUAGUCAAAUGUAAAUCUAAACUGAAUGCUGCAACUGUCUUGGUUGGUAUUUGUCCUUAGUUCUUCUGAUUGAUGCUUACUUCUUUAGCUAAUUUUGUACUAAAAAAGCAUAAUUUGAUGUAAAAGAAACGUUGUCCUCCCCUCAAAUGCUUAUGACUAAGAGAGCUUUGAGGAGAAGUAGGGGGCACAAUGCUUUCUCAACUGUGUGAGAAUUUCUGAUUGUUUAUUCUGAACUGGUUUUUGAUGAAGUUUUAUACUGAGUUUAAAGUAAGG